AAGACGGUGUAAUAAAAUUCCCUUUGGCAAGUUUUUUUCCCAUAUAUUAUUUUUUUUCCUUUAUUCAUUUAUAAAGUUUAAUAUAAAAUGUAAAUAUUGUGACCGCCUUAAAAAAGUCAUUUUCAUUCUCGUCUUUCCCCUUCGACGUCUAUUAGACAGGUCUUCCCCCAUUCAGAUGCAGAUUAACACACACUGCGCACACAUUAUUACACCAUCUUCUUCUUCUUUGGCCGGAAAUAAGUUUUCAUCUCGAUAAGGUUUUUGAGGUGAGUGAAAUAACAAAAAAUGGGAAAUGAACCGGGUCCUCCAUGGUUGAAGCCAAUGCUGAAAAGUAAUUAUUUCUUUCCCUGUCCGUCUCAUUCGGAUUCAAAUAAAAGUGAAUGCAAUAUGUAUUGCUUGGAUUGCUUGGGAAGUGCAUUUUGCUCUUACUGUUUGAUCCAUCACCAGGGCCAUAGCCUUGUUCAGAUAAGGAGAUCUUCAUAUCAUAAUGUGGUAAGGAUUAAUGAAAUUCAGAAGUACAUAGACAUUUCUUGCAUACAACCGUAUGUUAUAAAUGGUGCCAAGAUUUUUUUCUUGAAUGAGCGGCCGCAGACAAAACCCGGAAAGGGAGUAACAUACACUUGUGAAAUUUGUGAACGUAGCCUUCCCGACUCCUUCCGGUUCUGUUCCCUUGGUUGCAAGUUGAAUGGCAUUAAGAGGGGCGACCCAGAGCUCAAAUUUUCACACAAGAGAGGAGCUUUCGAUGGGAUGGAUUCAGAUUAUGAACCAUCAACUCCAAAGAAGACUGCGUAUUCCUCUGGUUUUGGCUGCGGCUGUGGCCCCCGCUCCAGCUCGAUUUCCAUUAGUUCGGGAGACGAUAAUAUGAAAAGUAUGUCCCCUGAAAUGCCGCCGCCUUUGUUCUAUCGCCAUAGAAGGAAAGGCAUUCCUCAUCGUGCCCCUUUCUGAUAUCCCAAAUCAUCAUCGAAGUACACAGUAAAAAUGGUAUAAUUGAUACUUGUGGCUGCAUAAUCUGGUAAAUGACUAUAUAUUAAUAUAUGAUAGUGUGAGUGCAUUUUCUAGAUAAAAAAUGUAUAGAAUGAUAAAUAUAUAGUUGGGUUUCUAGCUUCUACUUUCUUGUGUACAUAUAGACACACGCCUUGUAUUGAGCUUAUACUUAAAGAUAAAAUUAAGCAAAGGUUUGUCACAACCUUUUGUGUU